AUGUUGCAACGCGUCAAGCCUUUGUUCAGUGCUUUCACCUCUCAAUCUUACCCUCGCACCUUCUUUCGCAGCAUCUCCAUCCCAUACCGCAAGAUGGCCGGCGUUCCCAGCACCUACGAUGCGCCCGUUCACAUCGCCGUAAUUGGCGGCACUGGCAUCCAGUCGCUGCCCGGUUUCACUCUCGCGGCGACUCUCGACGUCGACACACCGUGGGGCAAGCCCUCGUCGCCCAUCAGCAUCCUGCACCACCCCUCGCCGUCUACUGGCAACAACGUCCCCGUCGCCUUCCUCUCGCGUCACGGUCUCUCCCACGAGCUCGCACCCCAUGAGGUCAAGAACCAGGCCAACAUCGCCGCCCUGCGACACAUUGGCGUGCGCACCAUCAUCGCCUUCUCCGCUGUCGGCUCGCUGCAGGAGGAGGUCCGCCCGCGCGACUUCGUAGUGCCCGACCAGAUCAUCGACCGCACCAAGGGCAUUCGCCCGUUUACAUACUUCGAGAAGGGCAUGGUUGGCCACGUUGGCUUCGGCGACCCUUUCGACACUAAGCUGGCUGAGAUUGUGCGCAAGUGCGGCCACAGCUUGGAGGGCGAGGGCGUCACGCUGCACGACAAGGGCACCAUCAUCUGCAUGGAGGGACCGCAGUUCAGCACCCGCGCCGAGUCGAACAUGUACCGCAGCUGGGGCGGCACAGUCAUCAACAUGUCUGCUCUGCCUGAGGCCAAGCUGGCGCGAGAGGCUGAGAUUGCCUACCAGAUGAUCUGCAUGGCUACCGACUACGACUGCUGGAGGGGUGCUGAAGGCGAGGAUGUCAAUGUUGAGAUGGUCAUGGGACACAUGAAGGCGAACGCGGACAACGCAAGGCGCUUUGUUGGUGCUGUUCUGAACGAACUCAGCAAGGAAGAGCACGCACAACAGGUGCAAGGCAAGCACCUCGAGAACCAGACGAGGUUUGCAGGUUCCAUGACCAAGAAGGAGGCUCGCGGACAGGAGACCGAGAAGAAGCUGCAGUGGCUCUUCCCUGGCUACUUCGACUAAGCAAGCGCGCAGUACAAAUUCUGCUAACGAGUAUCACGACAUAGAUUUGUAGACCUGGGUGUCAACUACACAAGAAAAAUCACUACAAAAACUCAGUCGAAUACAGGCUGGUGCAUACAGCAGCCUUGCUUCCGCACGUUUUGCCUUGUCAACGUUUUGACCCCAUUUGGCAGGUCACUAUCAGCACUUUCCUAUCAAACACCGG